GGUAUUCUAUGCAUCUUAACUAAACCCCAGUUAUGAGUGGCCACCUGCUUUUGGAUUGUUAAGACGACAUUCAGUCAGUGUCAUGUCGAACAAAUCAGAAAUUGUUCAGAGCCAAAAUAUAGAUGAAAUUCAGACAAAUAAUAUAAUAGACAAACGAGAGGAAGUGAACAAGGUGAACUCAAGCCAGAAAGACAAGCAGAGUCGAUGCUUAGAACCCAAAGACGUCGAAUCAGAUAGUGUUUCCCUUCGUAAAAAAAGACAUGCCGUUGAAGUCGAGAAGAUCAGACAAGCGAUCGAAAUGAAGAAGCUAGAAAAUCAGCUAAAAAUCUUAGAACUAGAAAAUGAAGUUCGAGAGACUGUAAUUGAAGAACUUCAAGGAGACCGAUCUCAGUUAUCAGUACAGAAUAUUGAAUGCCAGAUGCCAGAGGAUGAAAACCAUUCUUUAGAGAAGACAAGAAAAUGGAUAAAUGAUUUGCAUUCGCCCUUCAAAGAUGAAAUCCAGCCAAAAGAAGGAAAUGUAGAAAUAUCUUAAAUCAAACAAUUAUGCAAUACCAUCAGUGAAGCCAUAAAGUCUGUUGCAAGUGCUCCAAAGCAAAAUAGAUUUGCAGCAAGGCAAGUUGUGGACAAAGAUUUCUGUAUUUUUGACGGCAAUUCCGAAGAAUGGCCAACAUUCAUUUCACACUUCAUGCGUAUUUCAAAAUUAUGCGAAUAUUCUUCAGAGGAAAUGAUGAUAAAACUGCAAAAAUGCUUAAGAGGUGAAGCCAAGCUUGCAGUAUCAGGAAUGAUGACCUCCCCAGAUAACAUUGAUUUAGUUUUGAGGACACUCGAAAUGAGAUUUGGUAGACCUGACCAAAUCAUCGAGGGGCUUAUCACGAAGGUGAGAAAUCUUUCACCAAUUAGAGAAAACAACAUGGACACUUUGAUUCACCUCUCCAAUCAUGUUUGCUGUCUCGUGGCUACUAUCAAAUCAUUGGACCAUUUUGAACACCUCCAAAAUCCGCAAAUAUUACGAGAAUUGGUUCAGAAACUACCUUUUUCGUUGAAACUCCAAUGGGGAGAAGAAAUUAUGCGAAAAAGAGAAACGACAAAUCUGAACGACUUUUCCAUCUGGAUUAAUGAAAAGGCAACUGCAGCGUGUUUUGUCAAUAGUUCCAAGAGUUUCAAGAUAGAAACAAAACCAAAACUUCAGUUCUCUUCAAAACGACAAGAAUCUACUUUGAUUUCGACAGAUAUAAAAAAUCAUACGAGAAAUGUAAAUAUUGUGCAGAAAGAGGACACAAAAUAGAGAAUUGUUCGAAAAUGUCCUCUGACGACGUUGAUACAAGAUGGGCGGUUAUUACAAAACAGAAACUAUGUUUUUCAUGUCUCCGACGUAAUCACCAGACCAUGAAAUGCAGAGCAAGACGACAGUGUAGCAUCAAUGGUUGUAAGCGUUCCCAUCAUCAGCUGCUUCAUAAAGAUACCCAAAGAUCAAUUAAAGAUACUGAUACCCAUUCAACCCAGACAGAAUUUAAAAACAAUGAGAACGUGCUUGCAGUUGGACAUGGAGAAGGCAAUGUUUUGUUGAGGAUGGUGAAAGUGAAGUUGUAUGGAAACAACACUGUUUUGGAGACCGUAGCUUUAUGUGAAGAAGUUUCUUCUGUGACUCUCGUAGACAAGUCAAUAGCUAACAGAUUGGGACUGAAUGGCACACCUCAACCGCUUUGCAUCCAAUGGACUAACAAUUUAGCCUCUCGCCAUGAAGAUUCAAGUUGUUUAAAUAUUGAGAUAUUGGGAGUAUUCGACGGAGCUAAGAUUUUCAGUAUGAAAAAUGUCAGAACAGUACAAAAUUCAGCUCUCCCCAUUCAAGAGAUUCGAAAAUCCGAUUGGGAAAGGUAUUCUUAUUUGUCAGGAAUUCCCUUCCACGAAAUAGGAGAACGCCCUAUGAUUUUAUUGGGUCAAGACAAUGUACGCCUCACUGUAGCCAGAAAAGUCAUUCAAAGCACCGAAAAUCUUCCCAUUGCGACAAAAACCAAUCUGGGUUGGGUACUUCACGGAGGAAACUGUAUCAGACAAGAAAAACAGGUAUAUUCCUUCCACAUUUGCAGUUCUGGAAUGUCCGACGAUUCACUCCAUGAAAUGGUGAAACAAUCUUUUACCACAGAUGCCUUUGGAGUAGUUCCAAUGAAAACGAACGUGAAUAAAGCAGAACAGAGGGCUAUGGAGAUAAUGAAAAAUACAAUCAGACGUGUAGGAAACAGAUUUGAGAUAGGGCUGCUGUGGAAGGAAGACGACAUCCAUCUCCCAGAGAGCAAAACAAUUGCCAUUCAGCGACUGAGAUGCGUGGAGAAACAAAUACAGAAGGAUAGGGAAUUUGGGAAGCGAUACUCUGAGAAAAUAACAAGCUACGUCGAGAAAGGAUAUGCAAGGAAGUUGACUCCUGCAGAAUCCAAUGAAGAAGGUCCUCAAUGCUGGUAUUUGCCGCAUUUCGGAGUAAUUAACCCCAAUAAGCCAAAGAAACUUCGUUUAGUCUUUGAUGCCGCCUCAAAAUCGAACGGAACCAGUCUGAAUGAUAAUUUACUAUCUGGCCCAGACUUGCUACAAUCAUUGGUGGAGGUAUUGAUUAAAUUUCGACAAAGGAAAAUUGGUUUCUGCAGUGAUGUCAGAGAAAUGUUCCAUCAAGUUAUGGUAAGAAAGGAAGACCAAAGCUCCCAGAGGUUUUUAUGGCGAGAUGGGGAUACGAAUCGACAAUGGGACGUUUAUGAAAUGCAAGUUAUGACCUUUGGUGCCACUUGCUCCCCAACCUGUGCCCAGUUCGAAUGCUGAGGAGUUAUCCAGCCAGAAAAAUGUUAUCGAUGCUAUAACAAAAAAACACUAUGUAGACGACUAUCUUGACUGUACCGAUUCUGUAGAAGAAGCCUUGGAAACAAUCUCCGAAGUGUCACGGGCUCAAAAAUCAGGAGGAUUUGGGCUUGUCAACUGGAUAUGCAAUUCGGGAGAAGUCAUAGAAAAACUGUCAUCAGACGAUUCAGUAUUCAAGCACUUCUGUGUGGAUUCGAAUUCGACAAUGCAAAGAGUACUUAGCCUUUCUUGGGAUUCAAAAUUGGAUCUAUUUUGCUUUGGAGCACUUGCAACAGACUUUAUGGCUUCACUGAUGGUAUUGCAUAAUUGUUUGAUUUCAGAUAUUUCUACAUUUCCUUCUUUUGGCUUCACUGAUGGUAUUGCAUAAUUGUCUGAUUUCAGAUAUUUCUUGGGAUUCAAUAUUGGAUCUAUUUUGUUUCAGAAUUUCAAAAUUCGAAGAUAAAUUUAGAGAUAGUAGACCAACCAAGCGACAAAUUUUGAAGACGGUAAUGUCAAUAUUCGACCCUUUAGGACUCAUUGUGAAUUUCACAAUAAAAGGACGUAUUCUCAUACAAGACAUAUGGCGAUCUGGGAUUGGAUGGGACGAUAGUAUAGACGAGGACCUAUAUCACACGUGGAAACUUUGGCAAAGCGAUUUGAGACAAAUAGAAAACAUUUCCAUCCCAAGAUGUUAUUCUGUGAAUAUUCCUGAAGCCAAUAAGAUAGAACUGCAUGUCUUUUGCGACGCUAGCAAGAAAGCAUACGCAGUAGCAUCCUAUCUACGAGUUUUGACUAAAGACGAAAUAGAUGUAACUCUUGUUAUGGCCCGAGCGAGAGUAGCUCCAACAAAACCCAUUUCUAUUCCACGUUUAGAGUUGCAGGCUGCAGUGAUGGGAAGCAGGCUCGCAAAAACAAUCAAGGACACUUUGGAGAUAAAAAUUGACGAAGUAUUUUUAUGGUCAGACUCUAUUACGGUACUUUGUUGGAUCAAAGGUGAUGGAAGCAAAUUGGGACAGUUCGAAAGUCACCGCAUCGGAGAGAUCCAAGAAUUAACAAACAUCAACAACUGGAAUUGGAUUCCCUCUAAGUUGAAUUCGGCCGAUAUUGCCACCAGAACCUACAACAAAGACGACGGUAAUAAGACGACCUACGCAAGUUUGUUUAAAGGUCCUGAUUUCUUGUAUGAAUUGGACGAAACCUUAUGGCCCAAGAAGAAUAUUGUGAGUUUGGAAGAUCUUCCAUAUGAAGAAAUUGAAAUAACAGCAGUUACUACAGAAGAAGAAUCAUAUCUGCCUGACAUCAACCGAUUUUCAAAAUGGACUCCGUUGAUACGCGUUACUGAUUGGAUGUUGAGAUUCGUAGAUAUUCUUCUGGACAGACUGAGAAGAAGCAACAGAGUUUUUCUUGGGCAGUUGGAAGUUUCCGAGAUUCAAAAAUCUGAAACCCUUUGGAUCAAACGGUGCCAGCAGGAGAGUUUUGGGGAAGACAUAAGAUGUAUAGCCAAAGGAAAACCAUUGUCAAGUAAAAGUCGUCUGAAAAACCUUUCACCAAUCCUUGACGAAAGAGGAAUAUUGCUCCUGAGUGGACGGACAAAUCUAGCUCCUGAGAUGUCAAUUUCUGCCAAUCAACCCAUAAUACUCCCCACAAAGCACCAAUUCACGCGACUACUCCUCCAAAAUUAUCAUGAAAAUUUCUCUCAUCAAGGAGUGGAAGCCGUUUUAAACGAUGUAAGGCAACGCUUCUAGAUAAUUGACGGAAGAAGUGCAGUGAAGUCGGCGUUCAAGAGAUGUCAGAAAUGCAGAAUCACCAAAUCAAAACCAAUUAUUCCAAAAAUAGGACAGCUUCCUGUAGCACGUUUGACACCAAAUAUCAGACCAUUCACGUUCACAGGAAUGGACUAUUUUGGACCGUUAUUGGUUUCCAUAGGACGACGAAGAGAGAAGAGAUGGGGAGUGAUUUUAGUUGGAUUAUAUAAAAAAAGUACUUAUAGCGAGUGAUUUUCUUUAUUAUUUUUAAACAGCGAUAUAUAACAUCAAUGUUGAACGAACCAGAUAAUGUCAAAAAUUAAUCACAGAGAAUCAGAGAAAUAGACACAGAAAAUAAACUAACAUAAAUUCUUCUUAUAAAAACAAACUUAGUAUUAAUUGCAUUCUUACACCCUGCCACAAUUAAUACAAAUCUUACGUCUACUCUCUAAGACCUAGAUGAAAUCUAUGUUUAGAAAACAAUGGAUAUUUCAGAUUUUUAGUCAAGAUAUCUGCAGUUUGAUUGUUACUGUUAAUAUACUUUACAGAUAUCGUCUUAUUUUCUACUAAAUCUCUAAUAAAGUUAUACUUUACAUCGA